AAGUAAGAACGGUCGCCCGAUAGGGACAACAAAAAACCAACACACACGUGCACAACUGCACGACAAAAGUUGUAAAUAAAAGCAUGUUGCAUGUGUAUUGUGUUUGUUUUGACAUUGCUGAUUUGUAUUUUCGUCGAGUUGUCAGUUUUAAUGCCGAAGUAAUGUUUUUGUAGCCGUCUUCAUGUAGAUUAAAAUUUAAUUUUUUGUUUUAAGAAUGUUUUUCGUCGAUUAAAUGAACGAAACAUGUUUAAAAUUGAAUCAUACAUCUCGCCGAUUAUUAUAAAUUAUAUAGACAAAUAUGUCAAAGAUUUUCGACCACAAAAUGCCCAGGUUUCACUGUGGGGUGGCGAGGUGGCCUUUCAAAAUCUCGACAUUCGAUUAGACGUGUUACAAGAAGAACUUCAUCUGCCCUUGAACAUCGUCUCGGGCCACAUCCACGAGCUAACUGUGCGGGUUCCAUGGACAAAAAUCGCUUCGGAACCCAUUCAAAUCAAUGUCAAUACCAUCGAGUUUGUUGUGAAGCUAAAAUCGGGCGAUGGCGAGAAAAAGGAAAAAGAAGAACCAAAACCACCACCAUCGAUCAUUGCUCAAGAGCCACCCGGUUACAUGGCCACUUUGAUUAAUAAAAUAGCCAACAAUAUUUCCAUCAAAUUGAAUAACAUAAUCUUUAAGUACAUCGAAGAUGACAUCGUUCUGUCCAUGAAUAUUCAGAUGCUGUCAAUCGAUUCGGCCGAUGAAAACUGGAAUCCAGCAUUCAUCGAUAUCAAUCCGGUGAAAGUUGUGCUCAAGAAAGUGAUAAACAUAAAUGACCUAACGAUAUGUUUGGAUAAACGAAAUGCCCAAGGCAAAAUUGAUGUAUGUUCCGAACCAAUAUUGUACCGUUGCUCAUUGCAGGCACGCAUGAUUCGAAAAUAUAAUCUUACAACGGCUCAUCUUGAUUCAAUCAUGCGCAUCGAUAUUUUCACAGAGAAUAUCGACUUUAAAAUCUCCGUGCAACAAUUUCCAAUGUUAAUUCGAAUGUAUCUAUUGGUUCAAAUGUUACGUGAAUUCCAUGCGAAUUUGCACGGUGCCAAACGAAUCGGACAAGAUGUAACAGCUGGCAGUGGACAAACGGAUGAUUAUAUCGAUGCAUCGUAUACAACAUGGAUUUGGAAUAUGUUACCGGAGAUAUUUCCCGCAUCCAUCGAUGAGGAACGCUUGGACACACAGGGACACAUCUUUCACAAUGGAUUUUAUGCCAAAAACGUCAACAUUUCACUAAAGUCACAGGAAAUAGUCGCAAACAGUAUUAUCCAAACGAAUACCGUUUACAAGUACCAUCCAAUUCUCAAGAUAACUUUGUCGGGUGUUUCAUUCGACACGAUCAGCAUAGGGAAGAAGUGGACGAAUGUCAAAGGUGGCAUUUCAUACAUUGGCGUUUUUCCACUGGGCAAUUGUACAUGUGGCAAAAAGCACAAUUUACCAACGAUAUUUUUGUCGGGGCAUAAAAACAAAGCGGAUUGUGAAACAUUUCUGUCCGAUUCGUUGAAAGAUCCCAAUAAAAAUAUGACCCCAACGCUGCUGUACGAGUGUGAUUUUCAAUCUCAUUUGCUGCGUUACACCGAAGCCACACUACUCGCAACAACUCCGGCUCUAUCAAUCGAUAUCGUAAACUAUCGACAUACGAUGGAUGACACACGGUCAUAUGGAACACAUUCGAUAAGCAGUAGCGAUCAUGAUGCAGUGACUGAAGAGUAUUUUAUGCGAGUUUUCUUCGGAAAAUUCAAUCUAAAAAUCGAUACAAGUUUGCUGCAUUUGUACAAUACACUGAAUGAUCAGUGCCAACAAUACACGUAUAUUGCACCGUAUUCAGUGACAAAUCGAUCGGAAAUUUUAUCACAGCUAACACCACCAUCGACUGAGGAUUAUGAGUCACUGCUUGAUUGCAUUCCACUUCGAAAGACCUUUGUGUACCUGAACAAAUCGUCGAUUGAAUAUUACCAUUUGAAUGCGGAUCAUUUUCAAAGCAACGAUGCCAAUGAUUUCAAGCAAAUGCCUUUUAUUUUGAAUAAUUUAAGUCGUGCUGAACUCGGUAUCACCAUGCCACUUUAUCCGGAAAAAUUGAUAAACACCACGUGUCAACUGCCAGAUCCAACGGAAAAACUGAAAGAGAAUUGUUUCAAUCGAUACUGUGCGAUCAUUGAGAAGACUUCACUCGAUAUCAUUUGCAAUAAAAAUCGAUUUAGCGCAUUUUCGAUGUCAAAUUUCAAGAUAAAUUAUGAUACACUCAUUCAACCCGAACUUUGGAAAAUGGUUCGAAUGCAAAACUAUACGUACCAUAUCAUGGUGUCACGGUUUGAGCUUAUGUUUAACAAGCCACAGUAUUUACUCCUUUCACAACUGCUUGGAACGAGUGCAAAAGAUGGCAUUUGUGCGGACAUUCCCGUGAAGUGUAUUAAAACAUUUCAUGCGAUCGAUAUGUGCCAAAGUGAUUUACCAAAAAUUGAAUUGUGCGUGGUGAAUUCCGAAGCAUCUGUGAUUUUAAUCGAUAAUGUAUUGGGUGUUAGGGCUAGUGUUGGCGCUAUCGUUGGCUUCACUCAUUCACCGGAUCAUCUGGAGAAAUUUAAUCCCAAAGAGACAUACAAAGGUAAAAGUAUUUUUUUCUCCAACGAACAUUUUGAAGGCAAUCUAUUCGAUUCCACCAUCCAAUAUCCGAUAAACGCGCUGAAAAUUAAACAUCCUCCAAUUGUGAAUAUUGAACUACAAAAGGUCAUAGUCAGUUUUGAUUUAAUGCUUCAUCAAUUCUUGAGCUAUAAUCUGCCAUUUGAAAAUUUCACAGAAAUUUCGAAUGUGUCUGACGAAAAAACGCAAAAGAAAGUUCGCAAAUCGAGCAAAUUGAGCAAACCAUUGUUACGUACCGAAUCGGUGCAUUCAAAUUCAAUAACAACGAUGUCGAUUGUCACAUCUGCCACUCGAACUAAGGAACAUGCUGAUCAACAAAAAUUUAUUGAAUGGUAUGAGUUCAUCAAGCAAACCAUAGUCUAUAUCAAUGCACAAUCAGUGUUGGUUGUGUGUCCAAAUAAGUGUCUGUUUAUGGAAGAGGAAACGAGUACCCUAAAGUAUUUGAUUGAAAAUGAAAAGAAUGCAAUGAUGACGUUCUUCAGAUUACCAAAUCUGGCGAUUCACACAACAAAGUUCAAGAAUAUUCAAAAUGUUUUAAAAAGCAAUUUUCCCAUUGAUUUGACGGAAAAUUGGAUGCUCGGUGUAAAUAGUUUCCCAUGGAACAUCGAGCUGAACGAUUUCAUCUGUUUCACAGUAACGGCCAAUGGUCAACAAACAUUCUUGCCCAGUGUAAACACGAAAUUAACGUUAGACCUAACGAAAAAAGACAAAGAGAUCGGAGCAUCUGGCGAAGAGAUGUCGUUUGUGAUUCACUUAGAUACGACGCCAAUUCGAUUAGUGCUUGACUCUGCUCAGAUCAAACAAAUUUACAAUUCGCUCAAUACCAUAAUGCUGCAAAAGCCGAAGAAAAAGCAACUCAGCCCACUGAUUGAAGUUCCGGCCACAUUUUAUGACACACAAAUCAAUGAUUUCUUCUGUGAAACAACAAACAGCGAGAAAUCAAGUGAAGAUGUCAUUUCGAAUGUAGAUAAAAACACGUCAAAAAUUCAUUGUUUGAUGCAGUGGACAAUCACAAAAUUUACACUGUCACUAAAUGAUUCCAGUCUCUGUAAUGAAGUUGAGCUGUUAAUCGAUCUAGAAGAUAUCAUUGUGAGUAUUGACAAACAGAGCUCAUACACGAAAGCCAAAGCAAAAUUCGGUUCGAUCAACGGAAUGCGUAAAAAGAAAAACAAAACCACCGGUGAAUUGGAUGUGUUGAAUAUGAUUAGUCGAUCGGAUGCGUUGACAGUUGAAUCGCAAGAGACAUUUUUGGAGAUUGUCGCAACGACGGCAAUUGCAUCGAAUGUGCACAGUCGAUGGGGAACGGCAACGAAAAAAGUGAUGGGAUUCAGGAAUGAUAUUGAAACUAUUACCGAAAUUAUGAUCACCAUGCAAUCAAUCGACCUGAAAUUAGAGGCCGAUGUUCUCUCUGUGAUACUUAAUAUUAAUGAAGAGAUACGUAGCGUCAAUUCAACUGGCAUUCAAAGGGACGAAUUCGAAGGUGAAAAUAGUUCAGGGUAUUGUGUUCGAGAUCUUCCUCUGCUAUUUUUCGAUUGUAAAGGACUUCAGCUGUGGCUGCCCAACACCAACGUAGGAAGCGCAACGGAAUCGAAUGUUUUAAUUGUUAAGAUGAACGCUAUAAAAAUAGCACCAUCCGUGGAGAAUCCUGUGAUACGGAAACCGGUUCGUGAAGAUAUCUAUGUGAAAGCAGCUCAAUUGCGAAUGAUAAACACACCGGGCUCGAUUAUUGAAGAUCGACAAUAUGAACUAUUGUUGAAAAAUGUUUCCAUUUUCACCGGCAACUGGGAUGAAAUCCUGCAAUUUACCUGUCCAGUUAAUAAUGAGAAUCCGGCAUUCGAUUGGAACAAUCAGACUGAAAAGCCUUCCUUAAACAUAAAUACUAUUUUUAACGAUUGUAUACUGUCUAUUAUUUAUGCACCGGCAAUCGUAUUUCAAAAUAUUGUCGUCUGCGGCCAAGCGCUCGAAUUCAAUUGCAUCAGCGAUUUAUGCUUGAAUUUGACAUUGAAUGAUAUUGACUUGCUCAAUGAUUUACGGCUGAAGUUUUCAAAUGUAUUCAGAGAAAGAAUGGUUGAUGGGCGGGAAAUAAAAGCAAAGCGGCAGUCGUUGCAAAGAACCGACAAAACUGCCCAUUUCAGAGCGAUCAAUGACCAAUUUGACAAUCACUUGAGCGAUUCUGGCUUCAAAUCCAAUUACAAUCAAGACAAACGGAAAUCGAAUGAUAAGUUGAGCACACAUAAAAUCGAAGUUCCACACAUGUUAUCCUUCGUUGGCGGUGCCUUUACUGUGCAGUUGUAUGAAAAUGCGGAACCAUCAUCUGUUCAAAAUGUUCCUUUGGUAGCAUUGCAAACGAUGCAACCGAACUUCUACUGUGUUCAGGAUUCGGCUGAGACAAUUGAACGCUUAUCAAUAUUCAAUUUAACACUGAAGUUGCACAAUCAGAAAUUGUUUGAACAGACGGCUGUCGAAUUUGGUGACGUUAUAUUUGACACACAUAAAGGCGAAUUAGACGAAACAGGCAUCGCACCAGCUCUAUUCGAAUUCCAAAGAGUCACAAAUCGAAGUGAAAAUAAAAAUGAUAUCAAAAUGCUUUGCAAUGUGCGAAAGCCAAUCCAAAUCAAACUGACGCCGACAAGUGUUGAGAAUUUGUUUAGCUUUAAAGAGACGAUGGAACGUGUUUUUCACAAAGACAACAAAACCAAUGCCCGGGACAAUGAACAACCAAUUCGCCAUCUGAACAAUAUCAAGGAGCUUCGAAAAUUGAUUGGCGGUCCAAAUAGCAUUGAAUUUAAUAUGACCAAAAUUUCGAUCAAUUUCAUGACAUCGAUGGAUCGUGUCGUGAGCCUAUCACUGUUCAAAUGGAACAACAAAAUUGGCGUGCGUGAACGAUUGAAGCAAAUUACAUACUCAACGAAUAUUGAUUCAGUAUCGAUCAACACACAAAAUUCAAUGCUACUUAAUCCAUCUGUAAUGGCAUUUGAAUGUGUUUUAUCGCAGGAGAAAUGGAGCAAACGACUGGUGAUUUCAACGAAUUUCACCUCAAAUAUUAUUCAUUUGCAAAUUAAUCCAAAUGAUUUUUGGACAUUUGCCAAAGUUCAACUCGACUUUUGGUCGUGCAUCAAUCGACGAUUUAAUACAUCGACUACAGAGUUAAAUGGAAACCCGCUGAAUCCAAAUGAAAAUAGUGUAGAAUUCAAUGGCGAGAAUUUAAAUCCAUAUGAUUUACCGCGAAUAACAACAUCCAAUAGUCGUACCAAUGAGGAAUAUUUCCAAGAUGAUCUACGACUGGGAACAUUUGAAUAUAUCAUUGCCACUGGAGAAAAUACUCUGCCUUCACCAUAUCAAAUUUAUUUAUUGAACAGCGGAGCAAAUAUGCAAAUUUGUUGGCGAUAUCCACACCCGAGAACGAUCAAUUUCAUUCAGAUUUAUCCCAUUCCGGGACAGUUUGACAUCAAUAUGAAGUGCCAACUGGAGUAUUUCCAAGAGUCCCACAACACAUUUUUCCCAUACGUUUCGUUUGUGAUUGGCAAUAAAAAAUCAUAUGAAGUUAAAUUGCCGAAGCAAAAAUUGACUGCAUCUGUAUGGCGAAUAGUUUUAACUGAACCGGUAUCAUCAAUGACUUACAUGGAGCCGGAUGAAGCAAAUCCUUUGCAAGAUUUCCUUUCACCGCGAACAAUCAUCGGUUUCAUUCGAAUUGAUUCGAUCUUCAAUGUGGAGAAUGUUCCAAAGUUGCAGGCUAAUUUCAAAGUCAAUAAAGUGGCAGUUUCGGUAUUGAAUAGCUGUGUCAAUGUGCAGUCAUGCUCGCCCAAUAUUUUGUCGCGUUACACAUUGAAAGUUGAAGAGCACACUGACGUCACACAAGAGUUUUGCCAAGUGAAUUUCGGGAAUAUUAAUGUCAACAUCAAUUUGUAUGGCGAUAUGCAGGCGAAAUUGUACAACGAAUUUACAUUUGGUGUGAAUAUAUUCGAUUCGAGCUACUUGAAUAUGAUCCCACUUAUCGAUACCGUUUCAAUUGGAAGUUACAUUGAAUUCUCUGCUGAAAAUCAUCCCAGCAUACUGCAUUUGACAGCUGAUAAGCUGAGCGUAAAAUAUGGCCCGGCCACCGGUUGUGCUAUCGCAACAGCAAAAAGUGUUUGGCAAAAUACACCGAUCGAGACGCAGAUGCCGAUUAUGUGUCGCCUCGUCGUUUGCAAUUCAAUGUCUGCCUCACUGAAAUUCGGCCAAGAUUCAACCGAAGAAACAAUUUGGCUACAGACAAACGAAUGCUUCUACUAUGCAUUCCGCACGGAAAAAUCACCGCAAAAAGUGCGAUUCUCAGUUAAAUCGGAGAAUAACAUCGUCGAAGUAUCCGAAGCAUUCUCAUUGAACGACACCGAUGAAAUGAAAAUGUUAAAUGUUGCACCAAACAAAAUGCUAUUGGUGACCACCCGCAAGUUGUCGACAACGCAGAAACAAGUGGUUAUAAAAGGACAAAUUGAAUUGAUGAACAUGACGAAAGAAUCAUUUCAAAUCCAUUACAAAGAUAAAACGAAACUGCAAUACAUGGAUUCAGAGAGUUCAAACACAAAUCCUAGCGUCAUUUUGUUGCCAUCGAUGUGCAGCGGUUCGUUUUUCGAUGGAUGCGAUGAUUCUUGUGACUCGUACAUUCGACUGCAACUGGUACAUGAGAACGCAAAUGGAUGGUCAGGCGAAAUACCACUUGGAAAACCGACCUCAAACAUUCCAUGGCUGGUCAAAGUGCCGCUGAAGACAGAGCAAAAGUAUGCAACGUUCUCGGUGAGAAUUCACACGGAAUACAUCGGCGAACGAAUAUCGGGAAAAUUACAAGCGAAACGCAUCCUGAUUGUGUUAUGGCCCUUCUUCACCGUGCGAUCGUUGAUGCCAAUGCAUUUCAAUAUUCAAGACAAGGAACACAAAAAAUCGUACACGAUUGAUGGACGUGGAGCGUGCACGGAUUUACAAAUUGCCGGAACAUUCGAUACAGAACAUGAAUUUACCUUCGAUCUUGGUCAUGAAAAUAAAGAGUUCAACAACCUAAUUUUGACCUACAAAAACAUUGACAAGAGAACCUUCUUCUCAGUACCGAUUCAUUUCAAAACCAUCAAUGAAAUAAUCAAAGAAUUGGACAAACCCAGUGAACUGAAAUGGCCUUGCCGUGCCGAAAGAGAGUUAAAUAUUGAUCGCAAAGCAGCAUUAGAAAUAUCCGCAACUCCAAUUUGUAAAUUUUCGGCUAGCCGCAGUCUAUCUUGUGCGAUGGAACUCAACUUUACGCCACCGUGUCUGUUGAUAAAUGGUUUGGGCUUUGAAAUUUUCAUCAUUGAGCCCAUGAGUGAAAAAGAGUGUUGUGUGCAAUCCAACUAUAUCAUCAUACCCAUGACAAUUACGACUGGUUUCCACAUAAAAUUCCAGUGUCGGGAUGAAUGGGUGACAAUGCCAAAGAUUCGAUUAACCGAAGAGAAAAAUUUGUCUCGUCAUACAUCUUACUUUUUACCAGAAAAUGGAACCACAACUGUCGUCGAAAAAGUGGCCAACAAUCUUUUUGUCAAAUUCUGUCUGAGCUCUAUGAAUGAAAACAAUACAAAAGUGUUAUCAAUUCAAUCACAUUUUGUGAUGUGCAAUUUUUCCAAACAUCAACUAAAGUUCCAUGCAUUUUGUAUUCAUCGCAACGAGAAACUUUCGUACAACGACGUCGUGAAACUACUCACCGAAAAAUCAAAACCAAUGCCAAUUUUAGAUUAUCAUCAAACUGUAGACAAUACAUUCAAAGGCUGUGGCUGUACAAUAUUUUGUGAUAUUUCCCAAAAGACGUAUAAAUCGCUGAAUAACAUGAAAGAUUUGAACUACUACAUUGUUGUUGGAUCUGAUGAUAAUAUUCAAAACUAUUCGUCACCCAUUUUGAUCAAUAAACCAAUCAAUCGGACUGCAUUCGGAAUACAAUGCAAUGACUCAAAUAUUUCUUUGGCCGCUUCGGUGAACCAACACAAUGAUCAAUUGUACAUAUCGAUUUAUGAGGAUCGUUUCCCAUUCAUCGAAAUCGAUAAUCAAACAAAUAUCGUGAUUUUUGUGGCUGAAGCGGAUUUUGCCGAUUUUUCCAAAAGUCUUAAGCCAAAGAAAUCGAUUCAUGAUGACAAUUUCCAAUGCUAUUGCACGAUACCAGCCUAUGGUCGCAUGAAUUUUGCACCUCCAUCAGUAAACGAACGAUUCCCUGAGAAACACAAUGCUAAUGUUCAUCUGAUCUUUGGAUGUGGAAAUAGUGGUGGUGACGUUCAAUGGUCCAUUCCCGUCGAGACAAACAAAAAGGAUGAAAAAUAUUUAGCGCUACCAAAUUAUGGAGAUAUCAAAUUGACGUCGUACAGUGUAAACAAGACGGUGAAAAUUUUGCUGGAGCACAUUGAUUUUAAGAAAGAAUUCAACGUGAAAGUGGUUCAUACAAAAUUGAGCAGUCCAAACAAUAAUUCCAACAAUGAUUUAAUGAACUCACCAACCGAAAGAGGUUCGGCCACAGAUGUGCAACGCAUUCGUCAACCAAAUCGAAUGAGCUCGGUGUCGAAAACAAUUAUUCACAACUUUAUGGCAAAUAUUUUCAUCAAAGAAGUCAAUUUGGUUUUGUACGACGAUCACAAAGACAAUUUGAGCAAAAAGAUCAACAUUGCUUCAAUAUUUUUCGAUGAUUUCAUAGUUUGCUAUGUGGAAGAGGAGCGAAAGCUUGAGUUUGGCUUUGGAAACAUUCAAGUAGACAAUAAUUUGUAUUCGACGGGCAAAUACGAUUUCCCGGUGAUUUUGUGCAGCCAAAAUGAGUCUAAAGUAAAUAGUAAAAGCAUCGAAGUAAUUGAUAAGAGCAAAGCUAGUUUGAGUACCUCAGAGCGAUCGACAGCGAUGCAAACAUCAUUUUCACUGCCAUUGAUGCGCGAAAAUUUGUUCGAAAAUCACAUCGGUCAUUUCAAAAUUCUUCUGGAAGACACGGAGUUCAGUGCAAAGGAGAUCAUAUGCAGCGUUCAACCGUUGCGUGUUUACAUUGAGGACAAGUUCAUAGCCGCUUUGUUGGACUUUGCCAUUGAAAAUUUGCCAUCGAACGUAGUUUAUGUACCUGAUUCAAAUGGGCGCGUGGAAUUAAAUGCGGGCGAAGUGCUGAUACCAAAAUUCAUCAGCGAAGAAAUUCUAUCGUUCCUAUCGGAGCCACUGCGAUUGAAUCGGCUGUGUAUUAAGCCACUCAGCAUUCUACUAUCGGUUCACACGUGCAUUAGAAUGUACAUCGCAUUGGAUCACAGUCCACUGCAUUUCGCGCAGUUCGAGUACAAAAAUAUUUAUACAACGACAAUGAAGCUCGGCUAUAACAUCGGAAUGCAUUAUGUAUCCGAUGCUAUUUUCGGUGCCGGAUGGGUAGUUGGAUCACUUGAAAUACUUGGAAGCCCAAGUGGUUUAGCUCGCUCUGUGUCAACCGGUCUAUGGGAUUUCGUUUCGAUGCCAGUGCAAGGAUUAAUGCGUGGUCCAUGGGGUGUUUUGCUUGGCAUCACAUAUGGCUCAGCAUCGCUGAUUAAAAAUAUCACUGCGGGCACGGUAAAUUCCGUUACAAAGUUGGCUGCAUCAGUGGCACGAAAUCUCGAUCGUUUGACUUUGGAUGAUGAACAUUUAGAGCGAACCGAAGCGAUACGACGAAUAAGACCAUUAUCAAUCACACAUGGCUUAAGUCAAGGUUUGACGGGCUUUGGAAUUAACUUACUUGGUGCAGUUGGUGGUAUUGCCAGGCAUGCACUUGAAGCCAAAUCAUCUGUCGAAGUAUUCACCGGACUUGGAAAGGGAAUCAUUGGUGUGGUUACCAAACCGAUCAGUGGAGCUGCUGAACUAUUAGCACUGACUGGGCAAGGUGUUUUGCAUACGGUUGGUUUCAAUGCAAUGCCAAUACCGCGAAAUAUCACCAUCUCGAAUGAAUUCCAAAUUCCAAUGAGUUUAACCAAAGUUGCAUGGAAAAUCCUGUCGAAAAUCGACUACAACGAUUCAGUGUUAUCGGUAGCCUUUGCUACAGUGCUGGAAAAAGAUAAAUCAUCGGAUGUCACCGUUGCCAUUACAACGAAAUUAAUUUUGCUCAUUCUGGAUAGUGACAACGAAUUGGCCACAGUUCUGCCGAUCUCGCGAACAAGAGCGGUCAUCGAUCCAAAUGACAAUAUACGCCUCAUUUUAGCCAAUAAAAGUGAUGACGAAAGUCAACAGUUCCACCGACAACGAAUCUUACAGUAUUUAUCAAAAACUCAUGUGCAAUCAUCGGAUAAUCGCUCGAAACUGGAAGAAGACAGUCAAAUGAACUACAUAAAUGAUACAAAACGGAAUGUUUUGAUAUGCAAAGAUUCGCAAACGGCUCUAUACUUGGCGAAAUACAUUCAAUUUUUGUAUUAUUGUCUGAACACCAACCAAAAUUAACCGCAAUCACAGAUAAAUAAAUUAUGAUUUCCUUGUUUUCGCCUAAUGGAAAGCAAUAAAGAUUUAAAAAAGGAAAUUUAUUUAAAAAUUAUGAAAAAUCGUUUUGCUAAUGCAUUGAAACAAUAAAUCAAGCUUGAACAAUACAAACAGA